GUUGUGGUCUCGGUUCAACAGUCUGCCGCAGUUCGUUAACUCCCCUCUGUGAAGUGUUGUCAGGAUGGCGGACAAAAAUCUGGUACAGGAGCUGAAACGAUGGGCGACAGAGGAGUUCAACCUGCCCGUAGAAAGCCUACCAAAUGACAGCUACAUUAAAACGUACGUAUUAACUCUCCUUUAAACUUUAUUCUGUACUUUAUUAUUGAUACAAGCGAGCUAACAUACAAUUACUGUUUCUUUGUUUGUUUUGUUUGUUUGUUUUCAGGCUUUGUGUUGGGUCUGGGAAGUCCAUUUGGAAAUAUACCAUCCAACACAUUUUUCAACAAAGGUUUGUAUUUGUAAUCACAGCUAGUUUUCUACCAAGUGUCUAAGUCUUAGGAAAUAUUUGACAGAUUGUCUCUGUGUCAUAAAUAAUGCUGCAGUCUGUCCGUGAAUAAAGCAGAUGUUUAUGUAACAGAUCUCAACCUCUUGACUGUUUUUGUUUUUCAGGACCGUGAGGAUUAUGCGUGGGAAUCUACAGUGGUAUCCAUGCAGACUCUGAUAGAGACAUUUGAAAGAUACUGUUUUGACAGGAGCGAUGAAAACUCAAUGUGUGCAUUAAACCAAAGCAUUUAAAGAUUUCUCUCAGGGGUCAUCUCUGCACAGGAGAAUGAGCAUCUUGUAAAAGACUUGCCAAGGCUGCAAACAUCUUUGGCUUUAGUGAUUGGGUAUGAUCAAUUUUUUGAUUUCCUUGAGGAGGAAACCUUCCCAAAAAGGAUAAAUAAAGUUGUAUAUAAUAUAAUAUAAUAUAAUAUAAUAUAAUAUAAUAUAAUAAGGAGACUGGGAUACUGGAGAGUGAACUUUAUAAUUCAAUUCUUAUUCAUCUUCUGUGUUCUCUGUAUUAAUACACUCGCAGCAUUUUUAUAUCAUCCGUCUGUCUUUACUUUGGCUGUUUUAUUUAUCCAGUAAUUUCCUUGACAAUAUAAUCUCUAAGGUACAAGGUUCUCCAAGACAAAGAGGUAAGUUGGAAAUCAUAUUUCUCAUAUUGUAGUUUGCAGUUUUUAAAAAAUAUAUAGUUUCAUUUUUAUUCAUUUUUUCAAAAGGCAUGGUACAUGGCAUAUAUUUCACAAGCUGCUGUUUCCAGAUCACAAAAACAUCUGGCACAUUUGUAUUAUGUUGCGAUAUGAAGGUAGACUCCAGUAUUCGAGUCCCAUGAAAAUAAAAUAAAAAGGUGCUUACAUCCAGGAAAAAAAAAAACAGUCUAGUGGAGAGAAAGUUUUGUCUCAUCAUAAAACACAUAAACAUAUUACGGGAUCAUGCAGUCAUGUGGGAGACUGCUGUCUGUUCAGACCUGUUGUCAACUGCCAUGAAGGUCCAGAAACUGUCCCAGAGAGUCGCCACUACUUCCUCCCGGUUACCGUUUACUCUAAUGAGCAUACAUUCAUAAAGUUUUUUUUUGCAGUUUUUAAUAAUGUGCUGAAUGAAGUACUUGACUGAUCUUAAGGGGCAGCACAAAAGACAUGAUACACAAAGUGGUGGUUUGUUUUCAUACAGAAAAGUCACACAUAAAAUGAUUCUUAUCUGCAUGUGUUUUUGCGUGCUCAGUUGGAACAAGUUGAAAGCCAAAGUGAAACUGCCAAGCAGAGAGAGCUUCAGAGGAAGAUAGACCAGUUGAGAGCAGAGAUCACUCACCUGGAUUCUCAGAUCAGUGGAACAGAGGAACAGAUGGCGGCACAAGGUACUUCUUUCAGAUGCAGAAAGGGCUGAGGAUCUGAUCAGACAAUAUUUUCAGUUUUUUUCUUGUUUUUUUUCUUACAGAGCGGUCCAUCAGUCAUACCUGGGCCAAAGUGGAGGAGAAUCACCACAGAGAGCUGCUCCUGCAGGCCUUUAAGCAGCGCUGCAUGUUGAGUCGCAAGGUGCUUUCUGAUGAUUCACAAAAUAUUAGUGGACACUGCCAAGCACUGGAACAAAUGGCCAGGUAAGACAGAUCAUUCAAUGUUCAGGUGUGAGUUUAAAAAAAAAUAGAAAGCAUUGCUCAUAUAUUUUUGCUCUUAAUUUAAACAGUGUCAAAGGUAUUGUAAUGUGUUUUACAGGAAAGCAGAGAUAGAAGUGCCUUUUGAUGAUAAGCCUUCCAGCAGUGAUGGAGAUGACCCCAACUCCAAAGCGGCUGCAGAGGCACAGGUCUUGGUAGGUGCUCUCCAAAAUUUGGUUUUUUUAUUACUUUAUACAAAAUGUUAAAGUAUACAGUUAUACAGCACUGUCAUUCUUAAUCAGGCAGACCCACUAAUAGGUCUCUCUUAAAAGUUUCCAGGAAUGACAAAUGAAUAGACCAACUGAAAAAUGCUUCAAACUUUAUAGUCUAACUAUUCUAUGCACCACUUAGUAAAGAGUAAACUAUGAGGUAUUUGCACUAUUUUCUAGGGAGGAAUGAAUAAGAAAGUGAUUCCAUAUUUAAAGUGGGUAAAUAUGUUAAAUAAGCAUAAUUCAAAGUAAAACAGCUGUUCCAAAAAAGCAUUGACAUUGUUCAUAGGCAGUUGCAGAUUAAUUUACUUAGUUGGGAGCUGUUUUCUCAGGGGUUUUUUUUUUUCAACCUUUUCUGAAGUUUCAACACUUUAUAUGCUGUUUUUGCACAAUUUUCAUAAUCAGUUUUUUCAGCAUGUUAUGCAAUAUGCCAAACUUUUUAGAAUGAAAAUUAGGAUUGUAUAAAUACAGUAUACCGGUUUAUAACAGGCGUUCAUGCAGAUCUGAGUAAUGUUGAUGGUGUCCUUUUUAUGUAUACAGUGGUGACUUAUGUACAGCAUUCAGUGCAUCUCACUCUCUCGCUCUCUCUCUUAUCUCUUUCCUGUUAGCGAGAGGUGAGAGAGCUGUGUGACGACAGGAUCCACUUUUAUUGUUCUCUACAAGAGAGCGAACUGAAAGCCAUGCACUCUGCAGCCAAACAGUAAGAAAUACGAUGGAUACCAGAAACCAACCUUGCAAAAAGCUAUCCCAGGAGAAAAAACUUUCCCUUUGAGAAUUGACAGCAUCUCUUUCUGUUUCCUCUCAGUUUGAGCAGUAAUCAACGGACAGCUGUGUUUCAGUACUGGCUCAGUGCUGUGGAGGUGAUUUUUAUUUUUGAAUAAAAUUCUCAAACUUUAUUGCUACUUCUGAAUAUGUCUUUGUUUGCACUUUACAUCAACAUGUUCUUGCUUGUCUCUUGUCCAGAAUCUGUUGGGCAGUUAUCCUCCUAACCACAUCCUCUCAGCAUUGGAGUAUUUAGCUUCCAGAGAGCAGAGGGAACUAGAGGAGAAACUUGCCUCCUUGGAUGUGACAUGGGAUGUGACAGCUCUACGGUACAGCAAACCUCAGUGUUAUUAUGACUUUCUCUCCAGCAUUAAAAAUGUUAAAACAUUUUUUAAGUAUUUAUUUUGCUUUUAUAUUGCAGCUUCCGGUAUGAAAACAAUCAUCUCCUGGAUAUGUCAACAGAAGAAGAUAAGGAUUUGCCACCGGUGAAGACCCUCCUUCAGGUGCUCAACACAAACACCCCCCUGUCUUUUACACCAGAAGUUUAGAGUAGUGAGAGCGUGUUGAAAUGUUUUCAUGUAUUCAUAGUUAAUUUUUGUUUUUCUUUAUGGAAUUAUACAUUUGUUGUUCAAGGCUGCUUGGGAAGAGGUACAGCAGAGUUUGGUGGAACUGGCCCAGACUCGCGCCAGGGUCCAGCAGCUCCAUGACCAGCUGCAGGCCUGCAGGAAGGAGGCUAUCCUGGAGGUGUCUGUUACUGCAGAUGAAUCCCACAAUGACACCAUGGCACUGUAAGCUGAAUCACUGUAGAGAGUACUAAUGAUUUUCCCACAAGUUAUGAAUUUUAUAAUUGUCCCAGUAAUAUUAGGGCAGGUUUUCUGCAACAGUGGAGAGUUACUGGAUCAAUGAAGAGACCGCAAAGUUUUUAUUUCUUUUUUUCCUGAACCUUUUUUCAUUGUUCUUGUCAGGUCAGCUCUUAAGGUUGAACUUCAGUGUGUGAUGCAGGCGGCAGCAAGGGAUUUUAUCAGAGACAGGUGUAUUCAACUCGACCAGUAUGCCAGAAGCAGACAGGAGGCUCUAAAGAACCUCCGCAGCCAGUGGCAGAGCAUCCUUGACUUCAGACAACUUGUGGUGAGAGUCAACUGAUGUGAGACCUUUCUUAGCCUGAGCUCUCUUGGAUCUUGAAAACUCUCAAGAUAACAACCUUUAUCUCUCAGUCCUUUAGAAACUUACAUCUAAAAUGUCACUGUUUCUCUCCAGGCUCUCAGACAGGAGCAGAUCAGAGGUUUGAUUAAGGGGAACUCUGCAGCAAAGGUGGAGCUGAUCCAUCUGCAAGCAGAGGUGUGCAUAGACUCGUAUAUACUGAUGGGUUUAAUUUUUGAGAUUGAUGGUGUUUUGGCUUUUGUAUCUCUUUAAUGAUUUCUCUCUCUCUCUCUAUUCUUAUCUAACAGUUACAUGAAUUUAUCAGGAGCAAACUGGUGCCACAGUGUAAAGAUGUAAUCACUUCAGCCAACAGUCUCAGGAACUCUAUAUCCAAGGAGGCUCGACAGCUGGGAAUGGUUUCUCUAGUUGCUCUUGAUCGAAGGACCGUCGCAGGGUACGAGUUGUGACUGUAAAUAUAUUGAAACUUCAGUCAGAUCAAUAACACCCAGUGUACAGAAGGAUUCCUGAGCAUCUGUUACUAUUUGAAAAUGGUGUGAAGAUGGAAAAGGCUAAUUAUCUCUUCAUUUAUACGCCUCUUUGUCUCGCAGAAGUGGCCAAAUAAAAUCUCAGGAGAGUGCACCAAAAGAAAGAGAAUCUCUCGAUCAGACGGUUACAGCUGCUGUUUGAAAUUGACUUUUUUUUCCUUUUCUCUGUUGUUUCAGAACUCAAAGAAUCCCUUCUUCAUGGUUGUCCAUCAAUCGCUUGAAGUCCCCAGUUUUCAGCAGCCUGUGUCAGAGCCUGGCGUUUCCACUGUACAAGGUGAGUUUGGGUUUGUAUAGCAUCAAAUCUGCUGUAUUAGAAUCGAAGCACUUCACAUGUCUAUCAUCCCAAAUACGAAGUCAGUAUAAUUCAUAUUUCAGUGGUUGAUUAUUUUAUACAAAGGCAACAAGUAACUUUAAGCUAUUAUUCUGUAACCAGGACACCUCUGCAAUAAGACACGUUGAAAUUAGUUUCAAUAUACAUUUUUACUGAUUUAAAAGUGCUGAAUGAUAUGAGAAUAGGCCAUUAAACUGUAUUUCAAAGUGAAGGACUUAACAGUUGAAAUACAUACUUUAUUCCACACUUUAAAUUUGUAAUUUUGCAUGCAAAGUUUCCCUGUGGAAUUUUAUUGCAUUACCAUAAAAGUUGUGCCAGUGACUAAGAUUUGCUCCAGCUCUUUGGAGUCUGUAUACUGAGUGUGGUUUUCAUUAUCCAGCUGACUGUCUCUGCUAAUACUUGACCUCAGUUCUCUCACUCGCAGUGCUAAAAAAGAAAUUUAACCAUUAAGAUCUAUUUUACUGCGUAGCCCCAACAGCUUUGUACUUUCAAGGCGACUGAGCAUUUGCCCUGCCAGUCUCCCAAUUUCAGUGUGAAAUGUUGCUGUAUAUUGAAUGUAUUAAAUCUCAUCCAGCUUCUACUUCUGUCUCUGUAUCUAAACAAAUCGCAUGUCCCCGUUUUUUUUACAGGCUCCAGAGGAGUUGUGUUCCCAGACGCGGUCCCUUCAGCUUGAGUUACGUUUUCUCUGCCAGUUACUGCAGCUUCACUCUGCCUCUCUGCAAAAAACACAAAAAGAAACAGAGAUGUUGCAUGCAUCUGAUCAGAAAGGUAAUCAGGAAGCUUUUUAUCAUACUCAGAAUAGAAGGAGGGUCUGUGUUUGGCUCUUUGUACAAAAACAAAAAUCAAGUUUGGAGAGUUUUUGUGAAGCUAACAAAAAGAAAUGUGUGUUCUCUAUACAGCUCUGCUGUCCAAAGUGAUGGAGCAGGAUCAGAAACUUCUGAAGGCUCUGGUGUCAAGAGUCAGAAGCUUUACCCAACGCUGCAGCCAAGGCCUUUCAUACGGAAACCAAGUAAAAACGGCCAUCUCUUACUGGUGAGGAACAUUUCCAGAGUAAAUUUCUCAUUAAAUAGCACAUAAGCUGCUCAAAAGUGUUUCAUUUUCUUCCAUGGAAGACGGCUCAAUAUUGCUCCUUUGGUCUGUUUUCGUAGUUUACCAGCAUUCUUGUCAGUUAAUAUUUUACCACAGUCAUGCUGGCUUUUCAUCUUUCCUGUCUUUGUUACCAGAACCACAUCUGCAUGUAGAAAUGACACUUGGCCUGUGAAGCGCUGACUAAGUCACUCCUAUCUGUUUUAACUUUUACAUAGUGCCUUAAUUGAACUUUCCAGUCAAGUAUUUUAAAAGUCAAUGAACUUCAUCUCUGAUUGUGGUUCUUCCUGCGAUGUAGUCUCUUGGGCAGUAAAAAGAACAUCAUAAUCUCCCUUUUUUAAUUUUUAUCAGGAAUGUUUUUGAUUAUAGAAACAGGUGCUCUUUCUAAUCCUUUUCCUGACAUUACAUUCAUUGUGUUUUGUGAUUUUUAAAUGAGGUAAGCCGUAAAACUAUCAUUCAUAGCAGGAGCUUUGAUCAAAACAACUAAGGAAGAGGGUCUGUUUAUGAUUUUUCUUUUGACUGUAUUUGGUUUAUCGAUGUCUUUGUAUUAUAUUAGUUAACUUCCUCUGUUCUCUGUGUUAAUUCAGGUGGGACAGGCCAGCCCAGCAUGUCCUACAGGAGGUCAGUAAAGGAGGACUGACUUUUCAACAGUGGCUACAAAGAUGGAAACUUGCUGCUAAGGGCUCUUAAGGCUCUUAAUUGAAAAAGAAAAUCAUUACACUUACAGCACCUUCAAGUGGCUAUCUGUCAACGCUAUCAUAGUUUAAAAAAUAACAACACUUACUGACUUUAAUAAAAUACCACUGUUCUUUUUCUUGCUUUUGCAAUGUCAUUACUUUAUUUGAUGUUUUACCAUGUUAGUCACUCACCAAUAAAUCAUUUCGAAUUCAA